ACCCAAUUCGUAUUUUUUUUCAGACGCAUUUUUUCUCAUUUGUAUUACCACAACAAAGAUUAAUAUUAAUAUUAAUAAAUAAUUAAAAAUUAAUAAUAAGAAACUUUUUUGAAACUCUCUCAUCACUGUUAAAUCCCUUAAACAAUUACACUUCCAAAAAAAAAUUCUUAAACACUAGAACCUUCGUUUCACUCUUCAAAAAAAUUAGGGUUUUUCGAUUUAGGGUUUAGAUUCAUAAACCCUAAUCAUCUUCUUCCCCAAAUGGUUCGCUCCAAUGGCGUCAAGCUUCUUCUUCGUUCUCUCUCCCCUAAUCUCCUCCGCAACAAAUCCGUAUAUGAAGGAGUGUUGCAAAGGGGAUAUAGGACAUUGAAUUCAGGAUUAUGCAAUCGUUCUUCCAAAGUUACUGGAAAUUAUUUUCACAAUGUUGGAGAUGGUGUUAAAUUGAAGAACUGGGUGCUAUUGGGAGCAGCAAAUACUUAUUUGGGGGCAACUAGAUCUAUUCAUGGAUCAGCACCAUUGGCAAAGGACUUUUAUGAUGUUCUUGGAAUCAGUAAGAAUGCAAGUUCUUCUGAAAUAAAGAAAGCAUACUAUGGGCUUGCAAAAAAGUUACAUCCUGACACAAACAAAGAUGAUCCUGAAGCUGAAAAGAAAUUUCAAGAAGUUUCAAGGGCAUAUGAGGUUUUGAAGGACGAGGAAAAGCGUCAAGAGUAUGAUCAGGUUGGCCAUGAAGGUUUUGUAAACCGAGAAAAUGGUUCUGAUGGUGGCUUUGGUCCCUUUGGAGAUGGUGGCUUUCCCUUUAAUCCUGAUAUUAUCCAUGACAUCUUUAAUCGGAACAUUGGCGGACAGGAUGUUAAGACGUUUGUUGAACUUUCCUUUAUGGAAGCUGUCCGUGGAUGCGCCAAAACCAUUACAUUUCAAACAGAUAUGAUUUGUAACACUUGUGGUGGCAGUGGGGUUCCUCCUGGUACAAGACCUGAAACCUGCAAGCGUUGUAAAGGGUCAGGAGUGACAUCUGUACAAGCUGGCAUAUUUAGGAUGGAGACUACAUGUGGUGCAUGUAGGGGAUCUGGCAAAAUUGUCAAGAGUUUCUGCAAGUCAUGCAAGGGUGCAAAGGUUAACAGAGCAACCAAGUCAGUCAAAUUGGAUAUUAUGGCUGGGAUUGACAAUAAUGAAACCAUCAAGGUUUACAGAAGUGGUGGUGCAGAUCCUGAAGGAGAUCGACCUGGUGAUCUUUAUGUUACUAUCAAGGUCAGGGAAGAUCCUGUCUUCCGUAGAGAAGGAUCGGAUAUUCAUGUAGAUACUGUAUUAAGCAUCACUCAGGCCAUUUUGGGCGGAACCAUUCAGGUCCCAACUCUUACUGGGGAUGUUGUUCUCAAGGUGCGUCCUGGAACACAACACGGUCAGAAGGUGGUUCUGAAACAGAAAGGGAUCAAGACCAAAAAGUAUAACUCAUUAGGCAAUCAAUACGUUCAUUUUAACGUCAGCAUCCCAGUAAACCUGACAGAUAGACAGCGGGAAUUGAUUGAAGAGUUUCAGAAAGAAGAGCAAUAUGAAUCUUCCGAUAAAGGAAAAGCUGCUUCGGCUUCUGGUUGAAAACAUCUUGGAGUAUGCAAUCGGCAAACAAUUACAAUCAAUUUGUGGUCAACCGGGCAAGAAACCGCCGCCUGCUAUUGAAGUUUUGUAGAAGUAUUAAAUUAUUUUUUUCUUUUCAUUUUUGCCCCUCCACUUUUGAGUAUAUGUAAUAUUAUCUCGUCAUAAGAGAUACUCACUAAUUCUCAAUUAAUUUAUAAGGUUAGAAGACAGUCCUUCAUGCACCUGAUGCAGUAUCCUAGUCUGUGUUGUAUAUAAUAUUCAUUAACAUAAAGGGGUGCAAGUCAUGAAUUGACAUUCUUUUUGCUUUUAUCAUAAGUGGAGGAACCUUGAUAAAUUAUAUUGGAUCAUGAUGGACAAACUAGUUGACAAUUUCUGCAUCAAUA